GAAGAGAGAGAGUGUCCAAAGCCAAAACAAUAACAACUCAAAUAAAAAUACGCAGCGCAUAGCGUGGGUCACGUGCCACAGCUUACCAAAUAUAGCAACAAAAAUCGAAAAGACAGAUUAUUCGCGUCAAUUAAAGCAGCAAAUGUUGAACGAAAAGCAAUAUUAGCUACGCCUAGCUCCAAGUAGCCCAGUGUAUACAAAGCAUGCAGAAUUAAACAAAAUAAAUUACAAAAAUAAAAUUAUAAACAAAAAGUAUGAAGAAAAAAGUGAAAAAGCGCAAAGUUGUGGGCGAAGAAAAUUUUUGAAAAUUAAGAAAAAGUAAAAAAAAGUUAAAAAACGAAAAAAUCCGUAACAUUUUGUGUCAAGAUUAGUGUUGUGGAAAAGCGCAGACAACACAAUCACACACAAAGUUAAGAAAUACGUGUUCCGUUUAACAAACAGCGAGCAGCAAACGACAAAACAACAACAAUAAUACGAAGGAAAAGUGCAAGUGAAAGGAGAUAUACAAAUAUAUAUGUGUGAGAAUUUAUAUAAAUAUAUAUAGUGUAUAACAGAUAUAUGUAUGUAUAUCUUAUAAAAGUAUAUUGUGUGCGUGUGUGUGCUUAAAUAAAAUUGCGUAAUAGCGUAAUUCGCACAUAUGUACGCCCAAUUGGGGUUAAGCUAAUUGGCGAGGCAAGCACGUAACUGCCGACGAAAAGGCAGCCGAGAAAACCAAAAAGCACAACAAAGACAUACCAAUGCAAUAGUAAAUAACAACAACAAUAAUAAGCAAGCAAUAAUACUUACGCUCAACAUAAAAGCAUAAAACGAGGAAAGGCAGACACAAAUAGGCGAAAAACAACAACAACAACAAGUUAAGUAACGAAUAGUAGCCAGCAUGCCAUUCGGCCGCAAAUCACCAUUGGAGGCGCUCGCCUUGCCCGGCGUCAUUUUGGCCUACAAAUACAGUCAAUUUCGGCAAAGACGCCGCGAGGCAGCCAGCCGACGUGUGACGGAACGUGAGUUGGCCGCGCUGCAUCAUAAAAUCGACAAGUUGCUCAGCAAACUGGAGGAAAGCGAACCGGAUCCGCCAACCUCGCAGGAGGAUGAAUGCGUCAUUUGCAUAAAUGCGCGUGCGACCAUGCAAACGUCACCAUGCGGUCAUCGUGUUGUCUGUCGUCGCUGCUUUGUCAAGACAAUACAAAGUGCCGUGGCACAGCGACUGCUGCCACUACGCUGUGUGAUCUGUCGUGCGCGUGUGAAUCGCCUCACCUCCAGCUCGGGCACUUGGCGCAUACAAGAGUCGGCGAGCAGCUAUUCCAUGGGUGCCAAAAGUUGGGCUUCCGCCGGUGUCGGUGCGGGCGGCGUGCACGCCUCGGCCAGUUCCUAUUCGAUGGGCGAUGCGCAUAGCGGCCACCAUGCCUUCCAUCCACAUCCCGCGCUGCAUGGUCGUUAUCCGCGCAGUCCGAAUGGUGGCGGUCGUGUUGCACAAUCGGAUAGUUUGUAUUCGAUGAGUUCGACGGGUUCGUCGUCACUGUCGGGUGUCUCACAUAUGUCCGCCUACUCUAAGACGUCUUCCAUUUCGAGUGGUCUCUGCUCACCCGCCUCACCCAUAUCACCGUCUGCCAUGUCAGCGUAUACACAGACACCGGUGAUGAAUAAUCAUUUGGCGCCACCCGGCGCAUCGACAUCACAUGGUACGCUCACGUUAUCGCCUUCCGGUUCAUCCGUUUCAGGUUCGCUUUCGCCACGUGAUGAUCAUCAUCAUUCACAUUCACAUUCGGGUGGAUGUCCGGCGGGCUGCUCGGGUGCUAUACCGCGUAAGCCACUCAAUUCGUUGAGUAAUUCUUCAUCGAGCGGCUCGAGUAUUAGCAGCUGCAGCAGUUUUCCGCCCGCGACGCAUACGUAUCCCGGUCGCCGUUAUACCAAGGGACGACUGACGGAUCUACAAAAUAGACUGCCACCAAUUAAGGAGUUUCGCAGUCCAGCCAAAGUGCCACAUCCUUCGCCAGUGCACAUCAGUAAUCCACGUUUUCGUUAUUCUUCUUACACCAAAUCCUCAUCGAGUGCGCACGAAAUUGCUCCGUUGCUGUGCGAACCGCCUUCACCACCCAAAAGACCCAUGAACAUACUGGCGGCCUCUGCUUCAACUAACGGCUUAUGUCCACCGCCGUUAAAGGCUGGUGGCACUGCCAAAAUUAGUCCUCUGGUGUCGAAGAACUCCCUGCCAAAGAAUGCCUACACUUUGGGUAAUAAAGAUAAGAAGACGCCACUAAAUAGUACCAGUGGCAACACAGCCAAAGUGAAUGGGAAGCUUUCAAGCACAACAACAAAUAACAGUAAUAGUAAGAAGGUAACUUACGAUGCUAACGGUAAUAGCGUUUCAUUGGCAUCAACACCUAUACCGAAAUCGUCUGCGUCGAACCAAAAUAGCAAUAAUAAAUCGUAUUCAGCACCAACCUCACGCUCCAACUCUUCCAAUCGAAGUUUUCCACUAUUCUCCAAUACCAAUAGCAAUCACAAGGAGAAAGCCGACAAUAAGAAGAAUGAAUCCAUGGAGCGUAAGAAGAAGGAGGAGAAACUUAAAAUGAAAGCGGAAAAGGAAGCGAGAAAGGUGGGUGUACGUGAACGUGACGCUACAGCGACGCCACGAACUAACGGUGUUUGUAAAGAUGAACAUAGCAAAAAUACUAAGCAAAAUAUUAUAAAAAAUGUUGGUGGUGAUGAUGAUGAUGAUGAUUAUGAGGAUGAUGAUAAAGAUGAAGAUGAUGCACAUAACGUCGAUGGUGGUCGUAAUGGUGGUGGUGUUGGUGUCGGUGGUGGGUUAUUAUGCUUGUAUGGUGGUUUGGCUGCCUGGAAAGUAAUGUCGGAAGAGAAGCGUCUCGCCAAGGAAGAGGAACGUUUAGCGAAGCUGAUUGCUAAGGAAGAGAAGAAGAAGGGCAAAAAGGAAGCUAAGGAACUACUCAUCGCAAAUGAUGGCAACUGUAAGAAGUGAGGUUAUGAAUUGCUAAUGUCUGACGGAAAGGGAGCUAUAAAAAAUAUUAAAGAAAUAUUAGUUACACAUUCCAACAAAAAAACUGCUUAAAAAAUAUAGCUAUAAUAACGCGAAGCAACACUAAAUAACAAUAAAAAGUGCAAUUAUGGGCUGAAAAGACUCAAGUGUAGACAAAAUGUACUUGUUUUCAUGCGAAAAGUUAGCAAUUAGUACUAAAAUGUACUAAAUAACUUGCAAUUAUUACGAAAUUGUGUACUAAAAGAUCUAAAACGAGCGUGCAUGUAAAUAAGUAAUGUACUAAAAUCAUUAAAGAGCAUGUGAAGGUACUAAAUUUAGUACUACCUAAAAUAAGUAGUGAAUUACGUGGAAAAGUUACUAAAUUCUGUACUAAAAGCGUGAACUAAAGCUACCAAUAUGAAUGCCAAAUGUAGCAGAGUACUAAUAAUUAGGUCAACAGUAUUAAAUUUUGUACUAAAAUCACUAAAACCACGCUAAAGUUCGAAUUACACACAUUGAGUAUGAAACGAAGUACUAAAUUUUGUACUAAGAUCACCAAAAACCACGUUAAAGUGCGAAUUAUCUACAUACAUUAACUAUUAAAGUGAGUUCGAAUAGGUACUAAAUAAAAUGAAGUACUAAAUUUUGUACUAAAAGUUAUAAAUGGCUUGCGAAAGUACAAAAUUACGAGCAAUAUGUACUAAAUAUGUACCAAAAUUACUACUUUUUGCGGAUAGAUACUGAAAUACUAAAGUUUUUUGUGCUAAAUAAGCUGAAUUAAAUACAGAAAAUACUAAAUUGUAACCACAAAGUUCUAAAAUAAUACAUUUUCACAACCUCACCGAAUAAAAAUUCAGAACAGCUCUACUAAUGUGGGCAAAAAAUAGUAAGACUUUUUAAUUAAAAUUUUGCGCGAAAUUUUUUUUUCUAGGUUGACGCGACA